CCUACAGGGAAGCAAAGACGGAGAAGAUGUCACGAAAAUAUUAUCUUUGGUCGCUCAGCCUCGUUCUGUUUUUCAAUCUCACUGGCAAAUUCCCUGUGGUUGGCAAUCGGCAAUAUGGUCCCAAGGAGACAAAAUUGGAGUCGCGAUUACAGGGAUACAAACUGACUGGUUAUCGUCAUGGUGAGUGUUUGCUAGACUACAAAACAAACUUUAUUCACUAACAGAACUACUAAUACUGGCAGAUAAAAUAUAAAACAUAUUAAAUUUGCAGAGAGACCAGAUUAACAAUUAGAAUUAUACUAGCUAUGAUUGAUCAAAAUUUGUUAGGGCAUCCAUCGAAUCAAUACUUGGGUACCAAUGUUCCAACGGCUUUCAUUACAAUAACAUACAUAUACAAAGCAACGAGUAAUUCAUUUGGUUAACGAUAAAAUCUGCCCUAAGAUCAGUAACCUUGUCUUUAUACUAUACCGCAUUAAAUAGUGCUGUUCGUUUUCCACUUCGUUUAAAUCGCAAUGUUGACAAAUUCUUUUAUCGAAUAUGGAUAAAAGAAAUUCAAUUUACGGAAGUGAAGACUCGACACAAGCUGCCGAGCGUGACGUGCCCGUAUUAUGCAAGUAUCUGUAAAAUAGGACAAAUUUUCACGUUCCAAGCGAAGUUACGAGGUCGCGAAGUUAGCUAGUUUCAACUUGGAUGCAAGGGAUAUUCUUCUGAAAGCUUGUAUACAAACAUCGAUCUUUGCUCUUUUUUUUUCAUGGUAAUUGUACACAAACCCAGCAGAUUUUCAAUGUAUACCUUAUAGGACACGAAAUUUCACCCUAAAGGUUUAUGGUUGCAUUGUAAAGAUGACUUAAAAUGACUUAAUAAUUUCUUUUAUAGAAUUUUGGUAACUUGCUCCCUUUUCAAGAUAUUCAACUUUGUUUCAUAUGCAAAUAUCACCGGUGUGACAUCACAUCGCAUAAUGAGUUUUCAGAAAAGUAUAGUUUUCUUGACGAAUACGUAUCUAAAAAACUUAAAAAUUGCCCUUCUAUAUGUAUUAAUGUCAUAACUGGUAAUUAACCCUCUGUAUUUGUUUGUAAAAAUAUUUUAUCAAGGUAAAAUAUUGCGUUUUCAAAAUGUCAUUAUGCGAUGUGAUGUCACCCCGGUGAUAUUUGCAUAUGAAACAAAGUUGAAUAUCUUGCAAAGGAAGCAAGUUACCAAAAUUCUAUAAAAGAAAUUAUUAAGUCAUUUUAAGUGAUCUUUACAAUGCAAUCAUAAACAUAUGGGGUGAAAUUUCGUGUCAUAGGCACUUUAAAUCACUGGUCAAAAUUGACCAAAGUUCUUUUAUUAACCUCCUAAAACUGCCUAAACGCAUAAUAAUUAAAUCGGCAACAGGAAAAUAUAUAUAUAUAUAUAUAUAUAUAUAUAUAUAUAUAUAUAUAUAUAUAUAUAUAUAUAUAUAUAUAUAUAUAUAUCAUUGCGGUUGCAGACUUACCCAUGAGCCAUUGCUAGAUAGCACCAGGAUGCCGAUAAUACAAAACGCCAGAAAUCUUGUACUUCCCAUGUUCCUCUCACUUUUGGCAAAGAAAUAAGCAAUCUAGCCAACUGCCUCUGUUUUUCAAUUACUCUGAAAUUAAAUUUUUAAUAACCAAUUUGCCAAAUUAUUAUCGGAUUUUCUUAAUGAUAAUCUUAAAGCCUUUUAAAAUUACUAUAUUUUAUUUUUCUCGAUUUCUUCCUAUUAUUAUUCGUUAUUAUUCGCAUAACGUCAAAUAAUUUAUUGACUGGUGUGUCGUACUUGGUAACAGAAUAAUUUUUUAAUUAUACACUCUAAAAACAAACAAAUUAAUAUCAGCACAAUUUGGAAAAGUAAUUUGAUUUAAGGUUACAGGACACCCUUUUUGGCGUUUUGCGAAAAAUCGCUACUGCGCGCUCAAUAUCAAUCCGAUUUUCAUCAAAUUUUCAGCAAAUGUUCUCCAGUGCAUGCAAAAUAUGAUAAAGUUGUAAAAUUAACAAACAAUAAAAUAAUGUAAGAAUUAUUCAGGAAAAUCUUAAAUCGCGGUACCGUUACGCUUUUGAGUUGUGCUCCUGCUGGUUUAAGUUAUAUUUAUGAAAAUAUCAUUUUUAUAUACAGUAAAAUAGUUGUUCUAAAAAAUUGUGUUCGGAAAUUUUUGUUUAUUUCGUCAUUCCGCUGAUAUGGCGAUUUCUUUGACGACUGCAAUAUAUUUCUGAACUGUUUGAGUCAAUUGCUCUUUAUUUUUAAAAUAUCCAAAAUUAAAAAAAAGCCGAACACAAUUUUAAAACUGACGUCUUUAGCUAUGUCCUGUGAAAAUUCGAGAAAAAUUGGUUAAAACCCGCAGAAGCACAACUCGUUUGAAAAUCAGUAAUUACCAUAAAAUUUUUCGGGAGAAAAUUUAAUUUGAAUAUUACAUUUUCAAUGUUUUUUCUUAUUGCAGCGAAAUGUAUUUUAUUAAAUAACUCUGUGAGUUUUCAACAUUUUUCGUUCAAACUUGGUCAGAUAGUAGAACUAGUCUAAUGCUUUCAUGGAAACCAAUAAAAAAAUUUUAGGCAAAAUUAACACUCAAAGGUGUUCUGUAACCUUAAAUCGUAGGUACCUCGGAUCCCCUAUCAAUCGGGCAAUAUUGAGCCUUUUGGGAAAUCCGCUCACCAAUGACUAAGAACUCAAAUAUCAAAGACGGCAUAAAAUCAUGUCGUAGGUGACACGCUGACACUCCAUUUUGCAAUAUAUAAGUUUACGCAAUAUAUUCUACAGUAGUACAUCUGGGUAUACAACUCAAAAUGUGCGAUGCUCGACGGCUGUCAGAUUCGCACAGCACACGGGCCAAAAUCUUCACACGAUCUUUGCGUGACUAACACGACAAUUGAUAUCAAUAAUAUUGACCUUCACACGAUCUUCGCGUGACUGAUGUGACAAUUAAGAAUUUUAACACCACUCUAUAUCUCGUAUAAUAUUGAACACUUUCCGACGCCCAAAUAUAAUUUUGUGCGUCGAAUCAUACUUCAUUGUUACUGAGAUACACAUGUCAGUGAAUUGUAGGUUGCUUGUGUGAUGUUACUCUGAGUGUAUAUCCACACCGGGCAGGCUUGAAAAAUAUGCCUGGCCACGGUGGGAUUCGAACCUACGACCUUUGGAAUACUAGCCCAAUGCUCUGCCAACUGAGCUACGCGGUCAGGUCGGUUCGAGUAUGCGAUAUUCUAAAUUGAUUGUGUAUAAUUCUUUGCUUGAAAAUUCCCGAUCAUCAAAUAUCGCAUAUAAUAUACGUAAGUAGUUUUAUGUGCCUGUUGAUUCACUUUGGAUUAUAGAAAAACUCGUGUAUAUGUAAGUGCAGCUUUUUUGCUACAAAAUUAUCCUUCAAGGCUUCAAAAAAACGGCAGUUAAUUUUUGGCUAUAUGUAAAACACAAACGACGAUUGAACACUUGAAUACUUUGAUAAAAACUACAUAGUCAUUCGUCAUAGUACUGUUUGGGACUAUUUUAAAAUAUUUGAUACGUUUCUCUGGCAAGCGACAAACAAACUUAAAAAAAAGUAUGUCUAGUGCUUUAUCUGUAAAAUUAUGCUAAAAUGAAGAGAUUUUAGAUGAUACGCCAAAGAGAAAAUUAUGUUUGAAGUUCAGUAAGUUUUGCUUAUAUUGCUGUAUAAAUAUAUAUGGCGUCAAUUUUACAGCAUCAAUGAUAAUUGUAUUUAAAUUGACAUAUUUAACCAUUAUUUUGUGUUUCUCAACCGCCAGAUACAUUUAAAAAGGUUGCUAACUGAGUGUGUAAACUACAAAAUAAAGCUGAAACAAAGUAACUUUGAGAGGAACGCCAAAACGAACCUGACAUUGAAAAAAAUUGCCUCUUCAUUCAAUAUAGUUGCCUAUAAUUUAAGAGCAUCGUUGAACAUGUAGCCCUUGUCUUACAAAAACACGCAACGCGCAGGCUUCGUGACAGUUUUUUCGUACCUCCAUAUGCGAUUGGAUUUAACUAAUACAUGCGCUUGCAAAAACUCGCGUCGUCUUAUAAUUAAUCAUAUGAAGCAUAGUUUUAAAAAUGAAGACGUGUUCCUCAGUCCAAAUGCAAAAUUUGCCUCGAGCAUUUGAAAGAGGCCCGUCCAUCUAUUUUGUAAAAUUUGCGAUCCAGUUUACCCAGAUCUUCAGAGAGCAAGCCGGAUCAUAUAUAAUGCUGGUGAUGUUACUCUGAGUGUAGUGUAUAUCCACACCGGGCAAGCUUGAAAAAUAUGCCUGGCCGCGGUGGGAAUCGAACCUACGACCUUUGGAAUACUAGCCCAUCACAAGCAUCAUAUUCACCUGAGAACUACAUUCCACCAAUUAACGCAGAAACAAUUCAUAGCUCAUAUAUAGUUCCAAACGCACGUCAACAAUUAUAUUUUUCGUACGCCCUCUACCGGAAUUUCUAGAAAUUCUUACCUUUUUUCCCUUGUUCUAACCAAAGCAGUUUAGUUCUCUUGGCGAAUUCAAAGUUGUCUUUUCUUUGCGGAAAAAUUUUCAGACCUCACUUUUGGAGAGCCUGUGCAUAUUUAAUGUUUAUCUGUAUAGACACACUCUCAUCUACUCGAGAUUUUCUCAGCAAUUUGCUAUUUUCUGGUCGCUUCUGAGAUGAAUAUUCACCGCAUCAAACACCUACUCAAGCGCGCAGAUGUUUCAAGCCCGAUAUCGCGGUGAAAAUAAUGACAUUUUCAGUCGCCACUUCGCACAGAUGCAUGAUCUGACGCCGUAAUUGCAUUCAUACAUGUAUCAGUAUACAUCUACAUGCAUUAAAACUAUAUACGCAUCGAGAAAUCUAUAGUCUCAAGAUGCGCUAAAGUAAAAUAGGAUAAUCCAUUUUUUACACAAUGUAAAACAAUGAAGAAAUAACCACACAGAUGCCGCCCCCAAAACAGUGAUGUACAUUACCCUCCUAACGGGCGGCGUUCAACCUUUCCUUCGAUGGGACGUGGGGGGGGGGGGGGUGAGGUAUAAUUUUGCCGAGUCAUUAUAGCUUGGUCUGAUUAGCAUAUGACACGCGCACAUUUACUAAACUUUGUCCAUACGCGGAUUACGCAAAGUCGCCACUUCCUCAAUAAAAUCUGUCAGAUCUGUCGACUAUACUCGAUUGUUUUUAGCCACACAAAGUUCUAAGGGGGUUCCUGGGAAAAUUUUGAAAUCUAGAGUCUCUGAAAUGGCAUUCUUCCGGUCCGUGGAAGAUUUCAAAUGACUACUUCCACGAUCGAAGCUAAUCCUAAGUCCUAACCACCCACAGUAACUGUUUCUGGCCAUGAUCGCUGUCAAAAGGCUGUUGGGGGUUGUUUUGUAGGCAGUAUGUUUAAAUUACCCGCUACGACUCGAUAGAGCACAAUUUCAAGAUAUCUAUUCUGAGCAGACUUCUUUUUUUUACGUUUGGUUUAAAUUCAGAUAAUUCAAUUCGAUGAUACUUCGAUCCAUAUCCAAACAGCUCAAGUAUUGCCAAAUGAAUGCAACAAUUUGCCAACUCGUGCAUGAGUGGGGUGGGAUGUUCCACCUCCCCUACACCGCCCUCUAGCGCCACCCCUGAUAAUAGAUGGAUGUUUUGUAGGUGCACUUUUAUAUACAUUUACCGUUACAACUAUAUGGCAUAGCCACAACUUUUAAAAUGUUAUUAGCGGUUGAGCUUUUAAGGGCAAAACUAAUUUUGUAAAAAGUAUUCAUCAACCUAACACGUUUCUACCCUUUUAGAUUAUUCAAAAUUCAAAUAGUAUUUUCCACUCAAUUGUUUGCGAUGUCUUAAAUCUUGUAAAAAAUAAUAUAUAUUAAUGAAAUAAUUGUACUCCUGCAAUCGGAAUUCAGCAAAUUUCUCGUGUAAAUAAUACAAUUAAAUUGUGCGAAUUCUGUAAUUACGAUAAGGUACGUAACACGUGCAGAUUAUCUAUUGUUGUGGCUUGCGCUAAAUUAUAAAAACAUAAUUGCAAUAUAAUCAUUUACAUGCAAAACAUAUCUGCACUGAUACCCAUUGAGCUGCUUUUAUUUUGAAUUAAUGUGGCUAGCCGCUAUCUGCGCACGUAAAAACACGCAAGCUGUGAUGAGGAUGUGUUCAAACUGCUUGUUCCCAGUUGUUGUGACAAGUCUGGAACAAGUUGUUAUCACCUUGUUCAACAAGAUUGAUGACUGUAACACACUUGCUACAAGUUGUUCCAACAAGACUGAUACAGGCUGUUCGUAACAAGUUGCUACGAGCUUGUUGUCGUCAACUUGUUACGUGCAGACGAUAUCAGACUUGUUGGAACAACUUGUUGCGUGCAGAUAUCAGACUUUUUGGACUGGCAACUUGCUGCGAGUCUGUCGGCCUCAUCAACCUUGUUACAAGAUGAUAACAACUUGUUCCAGACUUUUUAUUAUUAUUAUUAUUAUUAUUAUUAUUAUUGAUCUUUAAACACGGUAACCUUUCACAUAGGUGAUUUUCAAAGGGCCGUGCGGAAAAUAAAUGCAUUAUAAAAGAAGGAACUAAUAAACUAAAUUAUACUUAUUUACAAAAUAUACUUAUUUACUUAUUUACAAGAUGUAAUUAUUUAAUAGACUUGUCAACAACUGGGAACAAGCAGUGCGAACACAUCUUUCUGACAAGCUGUAAGAUUGAAAUAGAUGAUCCAUACUGGACCUCUAGGAAGAACAGUUCAGAACUGCAUGAUAGAGCUAUCCAGUAUAAAUAAAGUUAGUUUAGUUUAGGUUUCCUCCUGUAGUAACACUGGAUCAAUAAGAGAUGAUCCUUACUGGACCUCUAGGAAGAACAGUUUAGAACUGCAUGAUUGAGCUAUCCAGUAUAAAUAAAGUUAGUUUAGUUUAGGUUUCCUCCUGUAGUAACACUGGAUCAAUAAGAGAUGAUCCUCACUGGACCUCUAGGAAGAACAGUUUAGAACUGCAUGAUAGAGCUAUCCAGUAUAAAUAAAGUUAGUUUAGUUUAGGUUUACUCCUGUAGUAACACUGGAUCAAUAAGAGAUGAUCCUUACUGGACCUCUAGGAAGAACAGUUUAGAACUGCAUGAUAGAGCUAUCCAGUAUAAAUAAAGUUAGUUUAGUGUAGGUUUCCUCCUGUAGUAACACUGGAUCAAUAAGAGAUGAUCCCUACUGGACCUCUAUAGGAAGAACAGUUUAGAACUGCAUGAUAGAGCUAUCCAGUAUAAAUAAAGUUAUAUUAGUUUAGUUUAGGUUUCCUCCUGUAGUAACACUGGAUCAAUAAGAGAUGAUCCUUACUGGGCCUCUAGGAAGAACAGUUUAGAACUGAUAGAGCUAUCCAGUAUAAAUAAAGUUAGUUUAGUUUAGGUUUCCUCCUGUAGCAACACUGAAUCAAUAAGAGAUGACCCUUACUGGACCUCUAUAGGAAGAACAGUUUAGAACUGACAAAGCUAUUCAGUAUAAAUAAAGUUCGUUUAGUUUAGACUGUUCGUAACAAGUUGCUACGAGCUUGUUGUCAUCAACUUAUUAACAACUUGUUACGUGCAGACGGUAUCAGACUUGUUGCGAGUCUGUUGGCCUCAUCAACCUUGUUGCAAGAUGAUAACAACUUGUUCCAGACUUGUCACAUCUCUGAGAAUGAUUUUGAAAUAGAAUUACAGUGCGUAUCAAGUUCAAUCAAUAGUUUUCACUAAGACCAAAACAUUUGUUUGUGAUUUAGAUUUUCCACUUGAUGGUUUCAACGAUGAAGGAAAGUUCAUGAAAAGACAUCUCUUGGAAACGAAGAGCAAUGGUUCAAAAAACGGUUUGAAACUUUUAAUUGAUACUUAUGAUUAAUAAUGACGCCAUACAUGAAGUUAAUCAAUUACACAGGUAAAAACGCACAAGUUGUAACAAAACUGCAGCAGACUUGUAGGAAUGCUGUUCCAACAACUUGUCAACAGGAUGUGUUCGCACUGCUUGUUCCCAGCUUGUUGACAAUUUGCUACAAGGUUGUUGAGCUCAAUAGACGUGUUACAAGUUGUUCCAACAACUUGUUAUUGUCCUGUACCUCAACAAUUUGUCAACAAGUUGCGAGUGACAACCUUGUUGCAACUUGAUAGAAUAACAGCAUUGUUGCAAAGUUCUUGUUGACAAGCUUGCUACAAGCCUGUUGCGAACAUAUCUUGUUGACAAGUUGUGAGUGACAACCUUGUAGCAACUUGAUAGAAUAACAGCAUUGUUACAACUUGUUGCCAAGCUUGCUACAAGCCUGUUGCGAACACAUCUUGUUGACAAGUUGUUAGAUUUUUACAUGCGUAUUAAAGAUAUCUUCGCUUUUAACUUGUAGGUUCAAACUCAAACCCACCACCGGUUAAUCUUAGCCGUGGCGAGAAAUUAUCUUUCACUUUGGGAUACAGCGUAAUCUUGUUGGUUGGUUUAUCUGGCAAUUUUCUCAUCUUGAUUGUGAUAGCCGCAAACAAGGAGUUUCACAACAAUCUUAAUGCGUUGCUAUGCAACCUGGUCGUGGCUGACGUAUUGCGCAUGCUCACUUCCGUAUCCUUUGAGCUGUUUAUGAUAAACAAGAUUGGUAACGCAGUCUCGGCUAUCCCGGUGGAUCGAGGCGCGUCGGGUCGCAUAUUUUGCAAAUCAAUGUUCACUCUUCCACCCAUUUUUACUUUCGCUUUCGUCUUCACGUUAAUUUUCAUGACCUUGGAACGCUUCGUGGCGGUCGUGUUUCCUUUCAAAUCGGUCGUGUUUAAAAACAAAAGCAAAUGGAUCAUCGCUGGUGUAUGGUUUGCAUCGAUAGCCUUAGAGAUACCUGGUUUAUAUGCUUUCGAUUCGAUAAAAGCGGGCGGGGACCAUAUAUGUGCCAUCGAUUUCAGCCCGCAUUGUGAUGGAAAUAUCAUCGAAGACACCAAAUGCAAUUCGAAAACUUUAAAGGAUUUCCUAAGCGUCUCUGUCUAUAUAACAUUUGUGAUUGCGUUCCUAUUCAUUCUCACUCAGCAUAUAAUUAUCGUGGUGGUGUUGUACAAGAACCGCGCGCGAUUCAAUCCGGAGUCCUCGCGCGUCUCGAGGAAUCCCAGAAACUCCACGCGUGACGUCGUGCGCAUGCUCGGCGUCGUGUCGGUCGUAUACGUGAUAACCUCGCUGCCAAGUCAAAUCUACCAAUUUGGUUAUAUCUACGAUAACACAUGGUUAAGCAAAUCGAUGCCCGUGUAUUUUAACUUUCUACUCAUUUUCAUCGAAAAUUCUCAUUCCAUACUCUACCCAUGGAUCUAUCCACUUUUUGUGAAACGAUUUCGCGCAAAAUAUGCGAAACUCGUCAGGGGAUGUGUCUUGCGCAACAAACCGCGAAGUCAGUCCGAUGUGUCUACGAAGUCUAGCCGGGCAACCACGAUUACUCACGACUGCGUCACGAACAGAUUGAUUCAUAAAAAUUCAAACGAAACCAAGUUUUAAACCGAGGGCGAACUCGUGACCAAGAGAGGUGUGUAUACACUGCAAACGAGUUGUAACAAGGUUGUUGUGAAGCCGAUAUCAGGAUGUGUUCGCACUGCUUGUUCCCAGUUGUUGCGACAAGUCUGGAACAAUUUGUUAUCACCUUGUUACAAGGUUGAUGGCGGUAAAAGAUCUGCUACAAGUUGUUCCAACAAGACAAUACAGGCUAUUUCUAACAAAUUGCUACGAGCGUGUUGUCUACGUGAAGACAAUAUCAGACUUGUUGGAACAACUUGUUGCAAGUCUGUUGGCCUCAUCACCGUUGUCACAACUGAACUUCCUGAAAAGAUAUCAAAGGACAGGGUCUAGUGUGGAUAGCAGGCUACUAUGAAUUAUUUUCAAAGAUGCAAGCGAUAUAACAAUACUGUUAUUUUAUCAAGUUGCUACAAGGUUGUCACUCACAAUGAUAACAAGUUGUUGGAACAACUUGUAACAAGUCUGUUGAGCUCAACAACUUUGUAGCAAGUUGUCAACAAGCCAUUGACAACUUGUCAACGUGCUGGGAACAAGCAGUACGAACACAUUCUGUUGACAAGUUGUUGGAACAGCAUUACUAGGGUUAGUUAGAGUUAGGGCUUCUCGUAAAUUAACUCAACUGUAAAAUAAAACUGGUAUCUCUUGCAUUUGUUUCAAAAUUAAUUUUAAAAAGUAUUUUACUUUGAAUUAUAGACGAGAACAUGAUUCACACAAAUUUUGUUAUAUUUCCUUAUUAAUUAAAAUACAAAGAAAAUCUAAUCUGCCUGUACUGUGUUGUGUGUGAUCAUAUGAGCUUCAAGGUCGCGAGGAAUUUCAAACACAACAUCGCAAACGCAACAAAUAUAUCCGAGCCCAGUUGGUACCGUUGAAUCAAGUUCCUGACAGAAACCGCAUUGAUACUUUGCAUCAUUGCUGUGCAGCCUUGCUAUAUGUUCAACUAAUUGCCUUAAGUCGCCGUAAUGACGGUAGCAUUUAUUGCAAACAUAUUUGCCAGUGUGUUCAUUCUUGACAAAAUGUCCUUGUAAUUCUUGCGGUUCGAAGAUCCCUUUGUCGCAAUCACUGCAAUAUAAAUGUGCCUUUUUGUGCCAAUCGAAAUCCUCAGCAUGAGCGAAUGUUCUCGUACAAACAUUG